AUGGCAGCCAAACACGCUGCUUUUGCAAUUAUCGCCAUCGUCUUGUAUACACAAGGCACUGCUACUCCAAUCUUUCCAUCAACAACUGCAAAUACUCCAGAAAAUAAUGAUGUCUUUCACAAUGUGACAUCGCCACCACUUGACAUUGACAAAGAGCUGAAAAAUAUAGCUGGAGCCUGUUUCAAUUACAGCGAUCUGGACAAGAUACUUGAUCAUGCUUUGAAGCCGGGUGUAGGAGGAGGUGCUGCUUGGCUGUUCCUCCACUAUUCCGUGUACAUGAUCGGCCUACAGGAGAUGCGUGCUGAGCUUGGCUUCACGCCUC